AUGGAUGUCCUAAGUGUGGAAGACUGGAACAGAGGCGCACAGGAGGUGGCAGCCAUCCACGCGCGGCUGCAGAGCCUGAAACCUGCGGAGAGGAUUGGGGAGCAGCAGCGCGAGGAGUCCCGCUAUGAACCUGGACAGACGCUCGUAGACAGCGGCAGUGACCCACGCGCCUGGCUGGCUCCGGUGCAGCCCUCUGGCACCUGUGUGGCACACGCCACUUCACCCGACUACCUGCGGCACUCGCCCUGCCCCAGCACCGGCUCCUACCAAGAGAGUGGUUCCCCGGAUUCCAGUCCUCCCAGCUGCAGGAGAACUGCUAAGAGCCCCUCCUCUUCUUCGCUCAAAGUCAGGGACUUGUGCCGUCUUCAAAGCACGGCCACCGGGUCCGAUGACGAAACAUCCACGACACAGAGAGCCCAGUCCAGCAGACCUCACAACGGAGUCCAGAAGCAGAGGCGCGUGGCUGCAAACGCACGCGAAAGGAGACGGAUGCACGGGCUUAAUUACGCGUUUGACGAGCUGCGCAGCGUCAUACCGGCGUUUGACAACGACAAGAAGCUCUCCAAAUAUGAAACUUUACAGAUGGCGCAGAUUUACAUCAACGCACUGGCGGAUCUGCUCGAAGCUCCAGUCUCCUCAAAAAAAAGCAGUAACGACGUCUCAAACAACAGCAACAACUCGCCAAAGUGUGACGCUGUGCUGCCAGCCACCGGUAGUAUUGACGGAGCGAAGGACAGGGCUUCCCCGUCCCCUACCACUUGUAGGACGGCAGCGGCUGUCCACAUCAGCGGGAUGCCUUUCCGCCCCACCUUCGACGACGAAUCGUUCUCCGCUAUUGAAGAAGCAAUGCGUUCGCCUUCUCCUCCUUCUUCCACCCGGGCAGGCAGUUCCCUUGCACCAGUCGGAGGUGGGAGGAAAGAUUCUCCCCGAAGCGACGGAGAGUUUUCCCCGCACUCCCACUUCAGUGACUCGGAUGAAAUAGCGAUGGAGCUCCACUCAAGUGAAGAAGAUGACCUCUCAGAACUCAAGCUAACGCGCCACCACCACCAUCAUCAUCAACACACUGUUGCUUACUAA